AGGCAUCCAUUCCUUGACGGUAAACGCAGCAAUCAAUUUCGCCGGCAUUUCCGUGCCCCUCAAGGGGCUGAUACCUCUAUGACCCCGCGAUAUGCCCGCCUGAAUGAGGAAAGCAGGCACACGCCGUUGACCCGCUCUGUCAUUGCGUACCGUGAUAGCCGCGAACAUGAUCAGACGUGCACGGCUUCUGUGUCUGGAAUGUCCUUGUCUCGCUCUGUAGCGUCCAGGACGUGCGGGCAAGGCCCAAAGCAUGAAUAUGCCAAGACUACGGACGAUCCCCUGAUUGGAUUGCCGGAGUCGUUGCUGACUGUCAUGGCGUCCUUUCUCCCCGUCAAAGACGUUCUUUGCUGUCGUUUGGUGGGCAAACGUCACUACAGAGCCUUUCCUAAGACCCUGCGACGCCUUCAACUUCCGUUCCCCCGCUCCGAUAUGGUGGAUUGGUCGGCUUUUGCAUGCCUGGAAUGCCUGCAUUUGGGCCCCGGAGGAAAAAGCUUUUCCGUCCACAAUGCUUCCACCCAUCCUUUGACAAGGCUUUUCCCCCCUCGUUCUGUCCGUGAAUCCUACUUUUCGGCGGUGGAGAUCCUGCCCUGGCCGUUUGAUGUUGGAAGGCCCCUGCUACCGCGCCUCCGGGAGCUUCAUAUGGUCGGCUUGGGAUUAGAUGAUGAUCACCUUGCCUUGCUAUGGCAUGGAAUAGGAAGAUUGACAGAGCUGGAAUGCUUGAAUCUGGACGGGAACAAUCUGAGCGACGCGAGUUUGGAGGCGAUGGCGCGCGAGGUGACGGCCUUCUUGCUUCCCUCCGUCUCCUCCUCAUCUUCUUCCCCUUCCUCCUCUUCCUUCGCCACCACCUCUUCUGGCCCCUUUUCUCGGCUUCGUGUCUUGAAGCUCUCCCAAAACCAAUUUACGGCACAAGGGGUGGCCAGGCUUUUGACCGCCUUGACCGGGGCGGGGAUAUACCUCCGGGUAUUGGACCUGGCUGACAACGAUCUGGGCUCCGUGGGGGAGAGCAGGCGGGAAGGAGAAGCGGCGAGAGGCAGCCGAGGUUUGCUGUGUGAGACGUUGGCGACAAUGGAGGCAGGGGCGCGCAUGGAGGAGUUGUGGCUGAGCUACACGGGCAUGACGGACGAGAGCCUGGAGGCCUUCGCGUCCCUGGUGAUUGGCCCUGGGAAGUUGCCCCGCUUGGCACGUUUGGAAUUAGAAAGCAACAAAAUCGGAAAUGCAGGUGUGGAGGCUUUGGCAGCCGCCUUGUCUGCCGGGGCUCCUGUGGCCAGUCCUGCCUCCUGCUUGACAAGCCUGAAUCUCAGCAAGAACUACGUGGGCAACCGAGGAGUCCAGGCCUUGGGGCGGGCCUUGGAGGAGGGACGUUGUUCUCGAUUGCGUCGUCUGGAUGUGUCGGGGAAUUGGGUCGCGGCGCCGGGGGCAAUGGCCUUGGCUCGGGUCAUGACCGCCCAAACCACGUCGCUUCAAUGCUUAAACUUGGCCUGGAACGACCUCGGGGACACGGGCAUGGUAGCCUUUGCC